GAGUAGCUGUUAGACCUAAUACCUACUACAUUCGUAUUCAUUUUCAGAGAAAUUUCAGAUCCCAUAAAUUUCCUGUACCCUCUUGCUAGAAUCUCGACUUGUUGAAUCGCUCUGCUGCGAACUUGCGUACUGUUGGACUCACCGGCUUUGGGACUCUGCGCUUGCUGUAAUAUGUAGCAUUUCUUCUUCGUGCAUGUGUGCGCGCGCGUUUACGCAAUCGUUGUGGCUUCUCUUUGGAUCUACCUGCUCUCUUCUCAACCAACCCACACUCGCAGCUACAAGCUGUAAGCCAAUCUUGAGUGAUAACACGAAUAACGCUAGAAGAGUCCCAGGGGGAAAUGUCCGCCACUGCACCAUCUAUGACUCAUCUCCGUCGUAUUUUGGUCAGCGGUAAGGUGCAGGGCGUGUUCUACUGUAAGCACGCUCAGAAAGCGGCAGCGAAGCUGUGCAUCACGGAUUGGGUUCACAACCUGCCGGAUGGCCGUGUGGAGAUCCUCGCGGAGGGCACUAGAGCGCAACUAGACGAGCUUGAGAGGUGGUGCUAUGAGGGCUCGCCCAGGUCAAGGGUCUAUGAGGUCACGUCGUUACCAGUGGGAGCCGAUGGCGAUGUCGGAAGGGACGUAUCCUGUAAAUCGCGUGCGGAAAGCGGCGACAGCAGCGUGUUGAAGAGGUCUAGCGACGGAGGAAUCGCACCGAGCCAGCACUUUAUGGACUUUAAAAUGGCUAAAUAA